AUGGCAGACACCAUUCAGCAUGUGGAACUUGUGAAAAGUGGCGUGAAAGCCCUGGAUGUGCUCUGUCACCGAACAUUCGACCUUAUUCUGCUUGACAUCGACAUGCCUGAACUCAACGGCGUUGAGACCGCCAAACACAUUCGCAACUCUGAUAAAUAUCAGAUUUUGCACCACAAUCGAACGAUUCCCAUUGUUGCUGUCACUACCAACGAUACCGCUGAAUGGAAACAGGCGUAUACUCGCGUCGGCAUGAAUGGUUGUAUAAGCAAGCCGAUUGUUGCAGCAACUUUGAAGCAAAUUCUUUUCCAAGUUCUUACUUAUGGUUGCAGCCGUGAAUCUUUGAGUGCCUGA